AUGGCCGACGGUUUGCAAAUGGGAAACCUCUCCCUCAACGAGUCUCAGCACGCCCCCCAGGGUAACGCUCCUGGUCAAGGACGUGCCGCCUACAUUCCUCCUCACCUCCGUGGUCGUGGCGGUCCCGCCCCCGGCCCUGCUGCCGAUGGCCCUACUCCCGGUGGUGGCUUUGACGGUCCUCGAAACGGUCCCGGUGGCGGCAACUGGGCCAACGCCAACGCUCCCAACUUCAGCCCUCGCGGCCCCUCGAACGGUAUGACCAACUGGACCCCUGAUGGACGGACCCGCCCUUUCGAUCCCCAUGCUUACGGACACCCAGGAUCUUACAGCGGCGGUGGCAGCAGCAACUACAGCGGUGGCGCUCAACAAGGCCGUGGCUCUGGAGAUGGCCAGUGGCGCGACGGAAAGCACAUUCCCGGCCCUGCCAAUGCCCGUGUGGAGCGUGAACUGUUCGGUGUCCCCAAUGACCCCUCCAAGCAGCAGACCGGUAUCAACUUCGCCAACUACGACGAUAUUCCCGUGGAGGCUUCCGGUAACGAUGUCCCCGAGCCCGUUACUCAGUUCACCAACCCCCCUCUGGACGACCACUUGAUUGCCAACAUCAAGCUCGCCAGCUACGUGAUCCCCACUCCCGUCCAAAAGUACUCUGUUCCCAUUGUCAUGAACGGCCGUGAUCUGAUGGCCUGUGCCCAGACCGGUUCCGGAAAGACCGGUGGUUUCCUUUUCCCUAUUCUCUCCCAGGCUUUCCAGAACGGUCCCUCUGCCACUCCCACCCAGGGCGGAGGUGGUCAGUUCUACGGCCGCCAGCGCAAGGCCUACCCCACCUCCCUCAUCCUUGCCCCCACCCGUGAGCUGGUCUCUCAGAUCUUCGACGAGGCCCGCAAGUUUGCCUACCGCUCCUGGGUUCGUCCCUGCGUUGUCUACGGUGGUGCCGACAUUGGCUCCCAGCUGCGCCAGAUCGAGCGUGGCUGUGAUCUCCUCGUUGCCACCCCUGGACGUCUCGUCGAUCUGAUCGAGCGUGGCCGUAUCUCUCUGGCUAACAUCAAGUACCUUGUCCUCGACGAGGCUGACCGCAUGCUGGACAUGGGUUUCGAGCCCCAGAUUCGCCGCAUUGUCGAGGGUGAGGACAUGCCCGUUGUCCAGGACCGCCAAACUCUCAUGUUCUCCGCCACCUUCCCCCGCGAUAUCCAGAUGCUGGCACGUGAUUUCCUGAAGGACUACAUCUUCUUGUCCGUCGGUCGUGUCGGUUCCACUUCUGAGAACAUCACCCAGAAGGUCGAGUACGUCGAGGAUGCUGACAAGCGCUCCGUCCUCCUUGAUAUCCUCCACACUCACGGCAGCACCGGUCUGACCCUGAUCUUCGUCGAGACCAAGCGUAUGGCCGACUCGCUCUCCGACUUCCUCAUCAACCAGCGCUUCCCCGCCACUGCUAUUCACGGUGACCGCACCCAGCGCGAGCGUGAGCGUGCUCUUGAGCUCUUCCGUAACGGCCGUUGCCCCAUCCUCGUGGCCACCGCUGUCGCUGCCCGUGGUCUCGAUAUCCCCAACGUGACUCACGUCAUCAACUACGAUCUCCCCACCGAUAUUGACGACUACGUUCACCGUAUUGGUCGUACUGGUCGUGCCGGUAACACCGGUAUCGCCACUGCCUUCUUCAACCGUGGCAACCGUGGUGUCGUUCGCGACCUGCUCGAGCUCCUCAAGGAGGCUCACCAGGAGGUCCCCUCUUUCCUCGAGAGCAUUGCUCGUGAGGGUAGCGGAUUCGGUGGCCGUGGCCGUGGUGGUGGUGGCCGUGGCCGCGGUGCUGCUGCUACUCGUGAUGUGCGUCGCAUCCCCGGCGGCAUGGGUAUGGGCGGUGGCUCCUUCGGCGGUGCUGGCGGCGGCUACGGCGCUGGCGGUGGUGCUCCUUCCUACGGUGGUGGCUACGGCGGUGCCGCUGCUCCCUCUUACGGCGGCGGCGGCUACGGUGGUGGUGGCUACGGCAACCCCUCCGGCGCAUCCGGCCCCUCUUCCUGGUGGUAA